UGUUGGUGAGAGGGUCUGUGGUGGUGUUCGGUCUGGACUGUAUCUCCUGUUUUUAGGCCUAUUAGGAAGGACACCUGGAUGCAUCUGAAAGAGGAAAUGGAGCCAGUGACCUUUGAGGAUGUGGCUGUGAACUUCAGUCCAGGAGAGUGGGCUCUGAUGGAUUCCAGUCAAAAGCAGCUCUACAGAGAUGUGAUGACAGAAACCUUUAUGAACCUGAUCUCCAUAGGGAAAACAGAAGAAAACAUUGAAGAGGAUUAUGCAAAUGUCGGAAGUCUGAGAACUCAGAUGAUUGGGAGAGACUGUAAAUAUGAAGACAGUUUUCAGUGUGGAGAAGCCCACCACAGAAUUCCAGAAUAUGUUGUUAACAAGGGCAUGCCUUCUGCAACAGCAGUGUAUGAAAGCAAUGUGUGUACAAGAGGUAUCAGUGCUCACUCCCCUUCACGUGUGCAUCUCACAGAUGAAACUGGAGAGGAACCAUUUGAGAAUAAGGAACAUGUACAUGUAGCUUUCCAGUAUGAGAAACAUUAUACAGAUGUCGCUUCUUCUGAGCCCUUUCACAUACUAGAAGGUCCUAGAGAGAGAGUUUAUCAAAAGAAACAGCCUAAUGAAGCCUAUAGGAUUCUCACUUCUGAUCAAAAUUAUGAGAGAAUUGAUGACAGUGAAGGUACGCAUAAUCAGUUUGAAAAAGCUGUCCAGAGAUACGCUUAUUUUCAGAUGUAUGAAAAACUCCACACUAGAGUGAAACCAUUUAUGUGUAAGCAAUGUGGAGAAGCCUUUGUUCAUUUCAACCAACUUGUCUACCAUGAAAGAAUUCAUACAGGAGAGGAAUGUUAUGUGUGUAAUCAGUGUGGAAAAGCAUUUAGACACUAUUCAUACCUCCAGAAACACGAAAGAAUUCACAGUGGAGAUACACCUUAUGUGUGUAAGCAGUGUGGCAAAGCCUUUGUUCGUUCCUCACACCUUCUUGUCCACGAAAGAAUUCACACUGGAGAGAAACCUUAUACAUGUAAGCAUUGUGGAAAAGCAUUCAGCCAUCACAGUGCCUGCUACAGACACGAAGUAAUUCACACUGAAGAGAAGCCCUAUGUCUGUAAGCAAUGUGGGAAAGCAUUUACUUGUUCCACAUCCCUUCGCAACCACGGAAGAAUUCACACUGGAGAAAAACCUUAUGCGUGUAAGCAGUGUGGCAAAUCCUUCAUCCAACGUGAUGCCUGUUACAAUCACGAAAGAACUCAUACUGGAGAGAAGCCCUAUGUGUGUAAGCAAUGUGGGAAAGCAUUUACAUGGUCCACAUGCCUUCGCAACCAUGAAAGGACUCACACUGGAGAGAAACCUUACACAUGUAAGCAUUGUGGAAAAGCCUUCACCCAUUCUAGUACCCGGUAUAGUCAUGAAAGAAUUCAUACUGGAGAGAAACCAUACGUAUGUAAAAAGUGUGGCAAGGCAUUCAUUCAUUCCAGUCAUCUUAUCAGCCAUGAAAAGAUCCACACUGGGGAGAAACCGUAUCCAUGCAAGCAUUGUGGGAAAGCCUUUAUUCAACGUAAGGCUUGUCACAAUCAUGAAAGAACUCAUACUGGAGAGAAACCCUAUGCAUGUAAAUAUUGUGAAAAGGCAUUUAGGUGUUCCACAUACCUUCGAAACCAUGAAAGAACUCACACUGGAGAGAAACCUUAUAUAUGUAAGCAUUGUGGAAAAGCCUUUACACAUCAGAGUGCCCGUUACCGUCAUGAACGAAUUCACACUGGAGAGAAACCCUAUGUAUGUAAAAAAUGUGGGAAGGCAUUCAGUGAUUGUAGCUACCUUGUGAAGCAUGAAAGAAUUCAUUGGAGAGAAACCUUACACAUGUAACAAUAGAGAAGUUUUUAUGUGUUCUACAUUCCUUUAUAUACACAAAAGAGCUGACGGAAAAGAACUGAAAAUUUUACAGCAGUGUAUCUGGUGGCCUUGUCUGUGCACAACUUAUACGUAUGAAAGAAAUAUGAGAACAGCUCACAAGAAGGCUCAGUGGGUAAAGGUGCCUGUUACUAAACUUGAGAAUCUGAGUUCUGUCCCAGGGACCCAUAUGAUAGAAAUAGAAAAUUAUACCCCUGAAAAUAGAAAAUAGAAAAUUUACCUCUGAAUUCCAUGUACACAUGUGGACCCACACAUAAACCCAUUAUUUAAAAUGUAUAUACAUAUGGAGAACAACUGAAACCUUCCAAAGUGUAGUUGUAUCCCUGAUAUGCAAGCAUAUAUAGGAUAAAAUUCUGGCACUGGGCAUGGUAGGCUGUGCCUUUUAUUCUAGCACUGGGCAAGGUGGGGAUGGUAAAGGGUAGAGAAUUAUAAUGGAUAUAGUGGAUUUGAACACCACAUGGGAAGUUUGGGAUGAGCCAGUUAUAAGCAAGUAGAAUUUUCUUUGCAAGAAGAAAAGAAAAAGCUAGAGAGAUGGUUCAGCUGUUCAGAGCCCAUGCUGCUCUGCCAGAGGACCUGAGUUUGUCUCUCAGCAUCAACAUUGGCUUACAAUCAUCUGCAAUUCCAAAUCCAAGAAUUGUGAUGCCCUCUUCUGGCCUCUCUAGGUAUAGAACACAUGUGAUGCAUAUACAUAUAAAUAAAAUAAGUCUUUUAAAAAAAUUAUGUGUACAAAGCAAAUAGGAGAAAUGUGUUUUUUAAAAAAAUAUGAAAUAUCCUGUAGUCUAAUCUUGUAAGAAAAAUAAAUGUGGAGACAGAGCAAAUUUAUUUGCACAGGAUAUUUCUGGAAAUAACCUGGAGUACAAUAAAAUUAUGAGCAUUUUUAUCAUUGUUUGAUUCUUACAUGAGAUCUUUAGCUUGCAUUAUUGUUUCUUUUAUACUUCUGUUAUAAGAUUUGGUGAAUAAUGUCAUGAUUUUGCCUGCCUAUAUUUCCUGGUGCUUGAACUGCUGAAUCUAACAAAACACUAUCUCUAACAAUACAACAAUAUCCAUAUAAAGAAACAUUUGCAUUGAGGUGAUGUAAGCUUGAUUAAUUAAUUUCAGUUCAGUGGGUAUUGUUUAACGAAGUGAGGCAGUGCUUUUUCUACUUUACUGUAGAGCUGUUGGAGUCAUUGAACUGAGAGACAUUUGUAAUAAAACGGUAGACUUUUAUUUUUAUCUAGUUUGUUGGUAAAUGUGGUUCAUUUGAAAGUGAAACUGUAAACUGCUCAAAAGUACUUUCUCACUAUUACAUGCCAUUCUUUUAAAAUAUUAAUCCCUUUGCAAUUUCCUUACAUUUAUGUGAAAAAAUGGAAUGUUUCUGGUUUGUAUAGAUUUUAUAUUUUGUGCUUUUCAGUGUAUGCGUUCUAAUAAGUGUUAUGUUUCUUUUUUGUUUGUAGAUAGGAUCUUACUAUGUGUGCUUGGCUGGCCUAGAGCUUACAUAGUUCCUGCCUUUGCCUCCAAAGAGUUGGAAUUAAAACUUACACUGCCACCUCUGGCUCAAAUGA